AUGCCAACCGAAACCGAUGACACGAAACAUUCCCAAGUAGAUUCCACAGUAUGUACAUCAGCUUGCUGCACAAGUAAUAUCGUCUACGACGGUAAAAAAUAUCUUAGAACACAGCGAGAUUCUAAUGUUCAAGCUAAUCUUCUAGAACCCACAUCGCACCGAGAGUUCUCAAACAGUUAUGGCAUCAGUAACGUGACCGACGCGCGAAGCAGUACAACAGGUGCUGUCGCCAAGAGCAGUACAAUCAAAGACAUCAAAACCCCAUUGGUCAUUAUAUCCGUCUAUCCUAAACAAGAUGCAACAGAAAAUGUCAGCAGUCAUACUCUUAUGAACCAACGUCAAAUUUUGUCCAAGCGAACUAAUGACAUGAACGGUCAGCCUCAGUUCCCAAAAAAGAACAAUGUGAACAGAAAUGCAAGUGUCAGUCGUUCCCCUUCUCCAACAAACAGAAGCAACAACAAAAGCCAUCUCAGUCGAAACUUCGAAACGAGAUUUUUACAAACCAAUGUCAAAAAGAAAAAUAUACCCCACCAAGUACCAAUAAUAAAUCAAAACAAAUCCUCAUCGCCAACGGAAUUGAGCAGCUUUACGUCGAAAUCGAAAACCAGAGCGGAGUUCUUCAAAAAGUUUCCAGUCACCUUCGGAUCUAGAGACUCAAAGGAGACGAAUAUGCGCUCGUCUAAGAAGAAAAAUCUGGUUGACAGUUACACGAUACCACCCGUUGUCAUUAAAAGAGACGUCGCUAACAGCCCCGUAUCCCAGAAGAAAAACUCAUCCAUUGUCAAAGUUAACAUUGACACCGAUAGGGAUCGUCAUGAUGUUAUGUGGCAUCAUCGUAACAUGGCCGCGAGCGCGCGAGUCUCAAGGAGACCCAAAGACCAAGACUCGCAGAAAUUCAGCGACGAUGAUUACGGAUCUAUGGAGAAUUACUUGAUGCUAACCGAAGAUGAGAAAAGUACUGAAGGGUCGGUGUCACACACCCUUUGCUACUCUCAAUCAACUAAUGGUACUGCAAUUUGCGACACUUCGCAACAUAGUAAAACAGAUGGCGUAGCACCCAUCAAGCACUUUCACGGAGAUAGCUGCGAAAUUACAGAUCCAUUAGAAAGGGACAAGGAGAUCAGAGAACUACUUGGUAUACAGCAAUGUCGCCGCUCUCUAUCCAGAACUAUAACUCAAGUACAACGUUUUUUUAUUAUGGAUUAUUUAUCUGGUAUCUUCAGCCGUGAUGCGAGAAUCAAGAAAAGCGUAGAUAAAAAACUCACGAAAAACAGACAAUGCAGAUUGGUUACAACAAAAACAACCACAACCCAAUAUGAUUUGAAAUUGCCACCCACUCCUUCAACCGAGACGCCUCCUCCCCCACCUGAAACAUGCGAGAAACAACAACUGAUACUGAAUCGCAACAUACAAGUUUAUCUCCAGAUAGAACAAUUCACCAAACAGAAGCCCAUAAUGUUAACUCGAAAACAGUACAACAAACUGAAGAAGACAAUACAAAGCACAGUCAAAUUAAAAAUUCCGAAAGAGGAUAAGUGCAAAAAGAACACUUUCAAGACAUAUAGUAUGCUGUCCAGCGGACAAUCGAAGAAAUCCUCUAAAAAGGAGAGCAGCAUCAUUCGCAAUCAAGGCAUGCAGACUUAUAAAGACGCGAAGAGGUCGCGAAAGCUAAUGACGAAACGUAGCAGCGGAAGGGUCGCAAAGAAAGUUUACUACCUAAAAGAAACGAAGCCACAGACCCAGUGCGUGUGCCAGGAGGUGCAAACAGUAUCCAGUAGUAGAAAUAUCGACAAGAAAUUCGUAUGUAACGCCUACGUAUCGUAUGACAGACAGAAUGUGUCCGAACAUAUGCCAAGACAUGCUAUGUCCUCCCUGGAGAUUCGAUACGCCAACGUAGCGUAUAAGCGUGUGACGUUUUCGUCGACAAAUGUUGGCCAUGCAGUAGAAUCGAAUCAAUCGGAGGGCAGACAGAACCACAUACAAUAUUUGCUUAGAAGACAAAAUAAAAGAGCAACGCCAAAUCUAGGCACAUCUGCUUAUUCCCUCUAUUCAGAACCGUCUGGGUCGAAUCAAUCCCUAAAAUAUUUAUUAACACCACGCGACUCCAAACAAAAGAGGCCGUUCCUCAGGAGAUUGAUGUCUUGUUUGGUCAUGCAUUCGGCCAGAGCGUCCGACGUCAAGAUUCCGUGUGAAAGCAAAGUCUCAGACGUCAACAGUUCCAUCGAUUCUUAUUAUAUAAGCACCUCACUUGGAAAGAGUGAGGAAUAUGAAUGUGGUUUGAGGGUGCAAAACUUGAGGAAGACCGAGAAAGAUUUGGAU